GAGAGAGCGGUGAUAGGAUGUUUUGUUUACGUCACAGAAUAUAUAUAAGAAGAAAAUAACUACAAAUACCCCUAAAACAGUGAAACAUCACUCCUUUGAUCGAUGAAUUGAUUAUCAGUCAUAUAAUCAAUUACUAAUUUUCAUUGGACGGAACAAUGCCAAAGAGGAAGAUAUCAUGUAAGACCCAUAUUUGGGCCUUUUAGCAAUACUGAAUUGAAGAAUGCAAGCUUUAUUAGUCAUACACCAAAUAGUUAAUUAACAUUUAUAAGCCCUAUAAAAUGGUAAAUUACAAUUAGUUAGCAAACAGGCUAUAAGUUCUGAUAUGAGUUGGUCAAUAUACGUUUUAGCUUGUUUGAUCACUAAACAUUUGUGGAAAAAGAUUAUUGUAUUGUCACAAAAAAGCUUGUUUCUGUGAUUUGGGAAAAUUUAUGGUGAAUCUAAAAAAUUAAGUAUUCAGACCUGUGUUGUGUUCUGUUCAGCCUCAGACGACUGUCAUCCAGGGCAGGAGAGAAGCCACACCUAUGGCAAUAACUUUUUCAGCCCAAGACACGUCAAUCGCUAUCCCUACCAUCUUCGAGGUUAGCAUGCCAACAGAAUGCAAGUUACUACCACACAGCCGUAGCCUAGAGUUGCAGCAACACUCAAGUGGACAGUGUGUAUUCGAGAGCUAAUCUAAGAUCAGUACGCAUUAAGCAAUGCAGAAUGCACCACUGUGCUAUAUGGUGAUUGCCACACUUUCAUGAGAGAAAUUCUAUACAAUAUACUAUUUGCAUGCCCUGCAGAUUUUUCUGCUGCAAUAUUUUUUUACAAAUCUGUAUGUACUGAUGUACCCUUACAGAUAUUGCAGCACAAAUUUUCUGCAGUUCUUAGUAAAAUAUUUUAGACGUCUGGUGACACUAUCUAGGGUAAACUACGCUGAUGUUGAGUCAAGAUUAUUUACACAUUAAUUGGGACUUUUUGUGGAUUCUUUCAAUGCUGACCUGCCGUAACUAAUACUAUGAUGAAAAGCAGUAUGGAGAUAAAACUGUUAAUUUCAGCAGUAAUGUUAUUGUGUGCUGCAGAAUUGAACCUGCAAAUCAUUCAAUGUUGUUAAAAUGUAUUGAUGGAAAUGACAAAAAAGAUAUUUCAUUGGUCUGCAGGUAGUGUAGUCCUCUUAUUGCUAGACUAUUGUCUAUUGUGUUCUUGCUAGCCUCCAAUUUUUGAACAGUGAACAGGCUGUAUUCUUAUCCAUGCAUGUAGCCUACUUUUUAACCAGAGAGGGGAGUUCAGUAAAAUAAAACAGAGGAGGGGACAAAAAGAAAAAAAAAAAAAUCAUGAAUCAUGAAUUAUCCAUUAAAUUCAUAUGGACUGUUAAGAGCCCCAUAUCGAUUAACAUACCUAUCACCAUUGUCUUAGGACACCUUGCAAUUGUCUUUAAUAUCACUUUAUGUGAUGUCUUGAUUUGUUUUAUUAUCAAGACAUCAAUAUACAGUAUGUUCAAGAAAUGUAAAUGCCUUGAGAUGUGUCGACUAAAGGAAAUAUUGUGUCUUGAAGACAAAUUGAACGCACUUCAUGAAAAUUGUUUUUUAGUACUAUAUAAUUCUUAUUAUAUAGUACAUUUUGAAGGAUCUUGUCUGCUUUCAUAAAGCAGGAAUCUGCAAAUGCUGUUAUGUAAUAGGGUAACAAGUGGCCUCUCCCUGCUUUAUUUUAACACGCGUCAACAAAUUCUACAGAAUAAGACAAUUGCUUGGGCAAGGAGGAUAUGACCAUGUGUACGCGGGGAUUUGCAUAUCUGAUGGACUGCCAGUCAGAAUUCACCUUCUCUAUGCUGUGUGCCCACAAACAAGCCUCUGAAGUGCAUCCUCAUCUAGACUCCAUAGUAACAUGUGUACCCCUCUCCACACUCCACAUUUUAUUGUCUUUGAGAGUCUGCAUUACUCCAUCAUCACGACAAACCUGUUUUUAUUGUACAUUAAGGCAUUCACCAGUAUUUUCUUUAUUGUCACAAAGUACUGUGCUUGCAAUAUCAAUUGUAACUAUCAAAUGUGUUUUCAUCAGGUGGCCCUCAAAUAUGUUAGGAAAGAUGAAGACGAGGAACUGCAGCUGCCUGGAAUGGAAACGCCCAUGCCCAAGGAAGUCAGACUGUUUCAGAUGGUUCACACCCCAUCGACUCAUCCCAACAUCCUGAAAGUCAUUGACUGGUUCGAUAGACCUGCAUCAUAUGUCAUGGCAAUGGAGCGCCCAGACCCCUGCAAGGACCUGUUCACAUACUGCCAAGAACAGGGGGGUGUGCUGGAUGAGGACCAGGCAUGCAGUAUAACCGGGCAGCUGCUGGGGGGCACUACAGCACUGUCAAACGCGGAGUGGUUCACCGCGAUGUGAAGCCUGAGAACAUCCUGAUCCAGACAGACACUAAGGAGAUCAAGCUGAUUGACUUUGGGUGUGGGGACCCACUGAGGGACACCGCAUCUCUGGUCAGUGAGAGGGGGCAGCUCAUGCAUCUUAGCAGGUGUUUGGAAGCUCUGGAAAGAAGUCAUACUGUGAUGCAUCCGGAAAUAUAACUUGUAGCAUCAUUAAAUAAU